AUGCUCUAAUUCAUCAUCUCCAUCAUCUUCUACUUCACCACUUUACCAGAAGUUUCACAUAAGAUGUUAAAGAAAGAAAGAAAGAAAGAAAGAAAGAAAGAAAGAAAGAAAGAAAGACAGACAGACAGACAGAGAGAAGAAAGAAAGAAGAAAAACUCAAUAUUCUGUUUUGUUUGUUCACCUCUUCUCACCAUUAAUAAAACUGGCCUACAUUAGAAGCUUUGAGGAACUAGAUUUCAGUGACGUGCCCAGAGGUAGAGAUGAGUCUUUUGGGGGAUGUGGUCUUGCAAAGGACUUACGUAUGUGGUUCCUAUCAAAGCCCUGUAGCUCUGGCGCGAAGCAUAUCACACUGAAAGGGGAGACCAGUGUUUGAUCAAGGGACUCGCCUUUUUUCCUUUCACAAAAAUAUAUUUCACUUUUUGUUGCUAAAAAGAAGACAAACUUUUUAUUUUCCUUUUACAACAGAAGAUAUUUUUCCAACACAAGAUAAAAUAUCAGCACCAGCAAAGCCUCUGGCAGUGGAAAACAGAUUAGAUUAGAUAGUGUGAAAUACAUAAUACAAAGAUGAAUGCAGUGGAAGAGUGGGUUGUGCGGAACAGGGACAAGAUCGAGAAAGGUGUGGAGAUCAUGGGGCAAGCCUCCGAGGUGCUUGCUGCGACUGUGGGCCAGCUUCACCCCGUCCUGGAGGCUGUGUUCAUGGCUUCAGCCGAGAUACUCAGCAACCCGGAGAGUAAGGAGGCUCGCUACCUGACUCAGCAGUUUGAACUGGUCAACCAGCAACUGGAGGGGAUCCAGGAUGAGAUAGAUAAAAUCGCCCUGGAGCUGCAGAGAACCUCGCUGAACAAGCAGAACUUUGAUCGAGAGGCGCAGAUGAUCAGCCAGUAUGAAAAGUUCCAGGACUUUGUCAACGCCAAGCCAAAGUUCAAGGAGAAGAAGAUGGAAAAGUUCAUCAGCCAUUAUGAGAACACGGAUGGCGACUUGAACUUGGACGCCCUCUACAACGCCGUCACCGGGGAGAACAUCUCAGGAGACUCGAUGCUUGAGACGGUCGUCACCACAGAGAAGAGAAACAGAAGGGCAGUUGAGGAUUUCUGCGCCCGGCUGAAGAAGCUUUUCGUGGUUGGCAUUAUCGCCGUCAUGGGCCACUCCGCCCUCAAGGAAGGCGUGGUGGGGGAGGAGAUGGUGAAGAAGUGGCAGGACCGGAUGGAGGACGUGGAGAAACGGAUGAAAGCGGCUGUGGAUGACUGCACAGAAAACUUCGUGGACCAAGCCAAGCAGGACAUGGAGCACCUGCUUCAGGAGAAUCCCGGCACCGUUGACCAAGAGUUCACCAAAACCCUUCUGGAUUCACUCACUAAGAAAUUCGACUGGGUGAACUGGUCCAUCAGGGCCUUCAAUGAUAGGGAGCGCAAUUUCUUUUUCAACUGGCUGGCAGGCAAGAAGUGCCAUGGAAGCGGGGGAGCCAACUGGUUUGACAUUUUAACCAAGAACAAGAUCAAAGUGGUGGUUUCUUUCAGCGUCAACCCCAAGCCCAUCAACAAGAGUCAGAUUCAGGAGCAGGUUGAGGGUCAGAAGAUGAAGUCGGACAUGAUGGCAGUGGCUCUGGCUCUUAACAAGAGCUUCCCCAACUGCCUGGUCCACGCUAUCAGCCAUUACAAGGAGGUGGUGGAGACCAACAACUUCCAUGAGGAUUGUUAUUACUAUGCAAAACACAAAAAAGCCUUCCUGUGUAUCCACUCUGAGUAGGCUCAGAAAAAAAAAGUGCAGCCAGAAGACGUGAGCUGCACGUGAAUCCAUGAAUGUCUUUACCAGAGACCUGGAAAUGUUUCCAUUAAAUAUAGAAAUGUAUUCAUAAAUAUUGUCUGUGUCGAUGCAUAAUCUGUAAAGGGUCUGGUAUGUGAUUCAUUGUCUUGCUCAUAAUGGUUUUUAUUCUUUGACGUAUAUUCAUCUGUUGAUGAUACAGCAGCUUCAGGGUGUUUUUUAUCAGAGCUGUACGUCUCCAUGCCAGCUUCGACUUAGUGUUAUAGAAACUUAUAAUGAUUCUGUCCUCAUUGGAUAUUACUAGGGUUGGGCGAUAUGGCGAUAUUAGUCCACUAGCUGUCAAAGACUUAACCAUACAAAGGCUCUCUAACCCUUUAAUCCCAAUGAUCCCUGUAACAUCUCAUAUCAUUGUGGGUAAUGCUGUAAAUCAAUAAGCGAGACUGUUGACUGGUGUUAUUGACUGACUUUUUUGUUUUUUUCUCUCUUUUUGCUUUAUUUGACGCAGCACUCAGAUGUAUUUAUUUUUUGAUUCACAAGUUAUUAUUGGACUUUAAAAUCGAUCAAGAAUGUAAGUGGACUUUGAGUUGGGAUAAUUUUGUCUACGGUUUCUGACUUUUGAUCAAACAUCACCUGUCAAACUGAACAUUUAAAAGAAUCGUUUGACAUUUUAGGAAAAAACACUUGUUUGUUUUUUUAGCCACAAGUUGGGGCCACUUUCAUGUCUGUCUUUUUUUUUUUAAUGCCAUGAUGUAAAACUUUAAGUUCUUUCUUGCCGGAGAACAAUAAAUUGCUGGAUCUUAACUCAACCUCCUGUUAAACUGCAACAAACAUUUUUUUAGUAUGGAUUUAUUAAACAAGAUAUAAUGUGUUAAUUUGUGAUUUCCCCCCCUCUUUUUUCAGACUUCAUGCUUGGCUAAGCUAACAGUCUCCUGGCUGUAGCCUCAUGUUCAGAAUAUAGACAGUAUAUAUACAGUAGUAUCAUAUAUAGACUAAAUAAGUGAACCUUGACCUUGGAUUAUUUUGUCAUUUAGUUCCAGUUUUCCAAUGGAUUUGCAAUCUACACAACAUAUGUACCACAAAAGAAAUAAAUGGCAUACACUAUAGUAGCGGAUUUUAUCGAUAUCGCCCAGUCCUAUGAAUAAAUGUGUAUAAAAUAAAAUCAAUUAAAAUAUUUUUGCUGCUUUUGGUGCAAUAUAGCCUAUAGCUGCAGGGCAAACUUCAAAAAAAUCUUUAUUCAACAAUCACUUCAUUACGACAUUUAUGUAUAUUUUACUUUAAUUUGUAAUAAAAAAAAAAAUCUGAA